AUGCCCCGGGGUCAGAAGAGUAAACUCCAUGCCUGUGAUAAACACCACCAGGCCGAAGAAGAGCCUGAGGAUCUGGCAGGUGCUCAGGCUGCUGCAGCAGUGGGAGAAGAGUUCUGCCCCUCCUAUUCUCUUCCUGUCACGAGCUGGCCUGCUGCUGGGUUACACAGCCAUCCCCAAGGUCCUCAGAGAGCCACCCCCACUGCCACUGCUGCUGCAGCUGUGUCAUCCGUAAGAUCAAAAGAAGGUGCCAACAACCAAGAGGAGGAAAGGCCAAGGUCUUCCCAGGCCCAGUCUGCCACUGAGCCCUUCCACAGAGGCCCUCUAGACCAGAAGGUCACUAUGUUGGUGUACUACCUGCUGUACAAGUAUGAAAUGAAAGAGCCCAUUACCAAAGAAGAUAUGCUGAGACAUGUGAUCCAAAUGCAUGAGAAUCACUUCUGUGAGAUCCUCAAGAGAGCUUCUGCGCACCUGGAGCUGGUCUUUGGCCUCGACAUGAAGGAAGUGGAUCCCAACAGGAGCACCUGUGUCCUCGUGAAAAAAGUGGAUCUAAGUCCCAGCGCAGAGCUGAGUGAUGACAGAGGGGUUCCCAAGACUGGCGCGUUGAUGACUAUGCUGGGUGUGAUCUUCAUGAAGGGCAGCUGUGCCACUGAGGAGCAAGUCUGGCAAAUAUUGAAUAUGCUGGGGCUAUAUGAGGGGAGAAAGCACUUCAUUUAUGGGGAGCCAAAGAAGCUCAUCACCAAAGACUGGGUGAAGCAAAAGCACCUGGAGUACCGCCAGAUGCCCGACAGCGAUACCCUGACCUAUGAGUUCCUGUGGGGGCCUAAAGCCCGCGCCAAAACCAGCAAGAGGAAAGCCCUAGAGUUACUGGCCAAGAUCAAGGGUAGCACCCCCACUGCCUUCUCACAGCAUUAUGAAGGGGCUUUGUGAGAUGACAAAGAGAGGGUCCGAGGCAGAGCCACAGCCAGGCCCGGCACUCCUGCCAGGGCCAGGGCACGCACCAGGGCCGUCGCCAGCAUGUGCUCCAGGGCCGUGCCAGCAGCUCCGCCCACCCCUCAUAACAUCUGA